CUGCUUCCGGGUCGGGCUGGCCGCGCGAGCCGGGACGUCUUGUAGUGCUCAACUCCCACGGCUCCUGGCUUGUCCGUGCUUCCUCCGGCCAUGAGCUUUCUCAAAAGUUUCCCGCCGCCCGGGCCGGCCGAAGGCCUCCGGCAGCAGCAGCCAGACACCGAGGCCGUGCUGAACGGGAAGGGACUCGGCACCGGCACCCUUUACAUCGCCGAGAGCCGCCUGUCUUGGUUAGAUGGUUCUGGAUUAGGAUUCUCACUGGAAUACCCCACCAUUAGUUUACACGCAGUCUCCAGGGACCUAAACGCCUAUCCACGAGAGCAUUUGUAUGUUAUGGUGAAUGCCAAAUUUGGAGAAGAAUCAAAAGAAUCUCUUUCUGAUGAAGACGAGGAAGACAGUGAUGAUGAUGCUGAGCCCAUUACUGAGUUUAGAUUUGUGCCUAGUGAUAAGUCAGCAUUGGAGGCGAUGUUCGCGGCCAUGUGUGAGUGCCAGGCCUUGCAUCCCGACCCCGAAGACUCGGACUCCGAUGACUAUGAUGGGGAAGAGUAUGAUGUGGAAGCUCACGAACAAGGACAAGGGGAUAUACCUACAUUUUACACCUAUGAAGAAGGACUCUCCCACUUAACGGCAGAAGGGCAAGCCACACUGGAGAGACUAGAGGGAAUGCUUUCUCAGUCUGUGAGCAGCCAGUAUCAUAUGGCUGGAGUCCGGACAGAAGAUUCAGUAAGAGAUUAUGAAGAUGGCAUGGAGGUGGACACCACUCCAGCUGUCGCUGGGCAGUUUGAGGACGCAGAUGUGGAUCACUGAGAACGAGUACUGCUGCUACAAGAUUCUGCUGGUAACUGUAGGAGAGAGCUUGGUGCCUCUUCCACUCUGGAGUAGUGUUGAUGAAAGGCUUUCUUCCUUCUCCAAAACGCACUUAAACCAGUUCUUUCUCAAGACAAAUGACACUGAGGCAGCAGGCUGUCACCAGCAGAAGAAACUAUGACCUUUAUUAACAAAGGUGAAUAAUUUAACCAAGGGGGUAUUUAUAGUUUAUCCUAUACCCUCAAACUUCCUGAGUCUAGGUGUGCUUUGAGUAGCCCUCUAAUUCUUGCCUCCGCUGUACAUACACGUGUCUACGUGGUGAAACGCACAGGAGCGUGGGGGUGGGGGUGCCCGGGUGCGGGGAGGAGAGGCUGGAGCUCAGAUGCCUCUCUGCAGCUAAGAACUCCUUACCCCCUAGAGAAAAGGCAGAGGUCUCAGACAUCAGCUUGUGUCAUUUUCCACAGAGAUAAGGGUGAGAUUGAUUAAUUAGGCCCUGGGGAAAUGCCAUCCUGACAGCCACGCCGGCAAAAGGGCUUCCGGCUGCUUCUGCUCCUGCCUGUCCUGCCAGCCUGCUCUUAGGGUCUCCCAGGUUAUCCCCUUGAACAUCCACCUCUUAGGUUAGCUUUCUGUCACAGAACAAGAAAUCUGAUGACGUCUUCAAAGUACUCCUAAUGAUAAUGUUUUGUCUUUGUCAUAGUUCAAUAAAUAAAUCUAGCUUUUCUAUA